AUUUCCUUCUUUGUUUUUCUUCUGAAACGUGUGAGAAUUGCGAUCAGUCGUCCAACAGGGAAAGUUCAAUUGGGUCUUCUCCAUUGAAGCUUCCUGAAGGCCCCCCGGACGGGUUGGUGUGCUUCCUCGCUUCCCUUUUGAUCGUUCCUCUUUUCCCCUUUUGUUGCGGCUCGAGGAAAGCACAUAAGGAAAGGAGAAACACCGGGAGUGCCCAGUUCGCAUUGACGCCCUCGUCGAUCCUGUUCCUUCUCUUUGCAAAGACAUACUGCAAAGUCAGAGGCCAUUCGAGUCAUAUCACGGCAUUUCUCCUGUGCUUCAGUCGAUCAGGGAAAUGCACGAUCCAAGUAGUCUGAUAUUGCCCGAAUGGAUUUUGCCAUUUCUUUCUGACUCUGUGAAUUUUACUGUUCCGUUUCCUUCUGUAGGAUCUCUUCGAAUAGAAGGAUCAGUAAAUCAUACUUGGCCGUUCGAUAUGGCUGCUGAUUCGACAAGCCUGAGUUAUUGGCUGAACAUCACUUUCUUCCAUUGUGCCCUGAUUAUCUUUGUUCCGAUGUUUUUGGCAUCAUUCCUCAUAUGGAAGUAUGAAGGAUUCAACAAACCAAAACCUGAUAGAGAAGAGGAUCAGCCGGCAAAGGUGGGGUAUCUGUACAAGGACGAGGCUUGGAGGACCUGUCUUAAGACAAUUCAUCCAAAGUGGCUGCUCGGUUACAGAUUGUUUUCUUUUGUUGUGCUAGGAUCGUUGCUCAUUGCAAAUAUUGUCCUUGAUGGGGCGGGUAUCUUUUACUUUUAUACCCAGUGGACUUUUGCCUUGGUCACAACCUAUUUUGGGAUUGGAUUAUCCAUGUCCAUAUACGGAUGCUUUAUAAACCAUAAAGCUGCUGGUGAUACAGCUGAUAAUGGCAAUUUAGACACAGAACGAGGAAACUAUAUGGCUGUUUCUCUUGAAGAGCAUAUCCCCAAAGCUUCAAAUUCAAAUCAGAAAUAUCUCAUUCGCAAUAGUGCUGGUUUAUGGGUAUUUAUCUUCCAGAUCAUUUAUCAGACGAGUGCAGGUGCGGUGAUGCUUACUGAUGCUGUAUUUUGGCUCAUUCUCUAUCCCUUUCUGACCUCAAAAGAUUACAGGCUGAAUCCUCUGGAUGUUUGUUUGCACUCGAUCAAUGCUUUCUUCCUCCUCGGUGACGUCAUUUUGAAUUGUUUGCGGUUCCCUAUGUUUCGUUUUGCAUAUUUCGUUCUAUGGACGGGCCUAUAUGUCGUUUUCCAAUGGAUCUUCCACGCUUGUGUUUCAAUCCGGUGGCCAUAUCCGUUUCUGGACUUGUCAUCAUCAUAUGCUCCUCUUUGGUACCUUGGAGUGGCAGUAAUGCAUAUUCCAUGUUACGGCAUCUUUGCUUUGAUAAUCAGGCUCAAACACGUCUUGUUGUUGAGAUGGUUCCCAGAAUCUCACCAGAGUCCGAAAUGAGGAAUAAUUAGAUGAGGAUUUUAGCAUAGUAGUUUGCUCUUGCCACCAUUUCUGGCGGCUGCUGCAGUUCCCAUGGUUCACGAAAGAGGAGAGUAAUCAUUCAUUCGUUGUUUGCAGAAGAAGAGUGGCUGGAGUUAUGUAUUGCAUUUCCAUUAAUGAAAUGUACAAAUUGUUGAUGGUCUAGCAUUAGAUUAACUCUUGCUGAGUUCAUUCAUUUGUAGUGAAUCCUUUGUGGGGUAUACAUAUUCGCAAUGGAUGGUACCAAAUAUCCACAUGAA